GCCGCCGCGGCAGGGCGAACUCGGCGACCUCGGGCCAAUAUCAUUUCACGGGGGGGUUUCAAAAAAAAGGGUCCAAACGUUUCUUUGAUUGCUUUCUUUCUAGCUCUUUUUGGGGCUUUUAUUUGAAGCAAAACAUUACCUACUUCAAGAAUCACAUAUGACGCGAUGCAAGAAAACCUAUCAGAGCAAAUACACAACGACAAGAGCUCCUCGCUCACCAACGGCGCGGCCAAUGCGGCAUCUGACGCCCCGGCGCAACGCUCCCUCCGCGAUGUCUGCAACGAUGCGCAGCGCAAAAUCGCCGCUUUCCUGAGCGAACCGGACCCGGGCUCGGAGGUAUUACGAGCUGUGCAGCGACAGGUCCGCAUCUCGCUGGACGUCGUCGACAAGGCUCUAGAAGAAUAUGGAAUCCCCGAACUGUCCCUCUCCUACAACGGCGGCAAAGACUGCCUAGUCAUGCUGAUCCUGAUCCUCGCAUGCCUCCCACGACACUUUGACACCUCCAACACCCCAGCGCCGACCACCGAACCCGCCAGCACCACGACGCCCGUCAAGGCGAUACCACAACCCCCCAGGCCGCCCGGUUCGUCACCACCUGGUGCACGCCGGUUCCCCGACUCGCUGCAGGCCGUGUACGUCGUGUCGCGCCACCCCUUUGCCGAGGUGGACGCCUUUGUCGACCGCACCUCGGCCGAGUACCACCUCGCAGUAGAGCGCAUCGCGCAGCCCAUGAAGCCCGCUCUGCACACCUACCUGGCGGCGCGCCCGGCCGUGCGGGCCGUCUUUGUCGGCACCAGGCGGACGGACCCGCACGGCGAGAGCCUGACGCACUUUGACGCCACGGACCCCGGGUGGCCGCCGUUUAUGAGGGUGCAUCCGGUCAUUGACUGGCAUUAUGCUGAGAUUUGGGCUUUCAUUCGCCAUCUCGGCAUUCCUUACUGCGAGCUGUACGACAGGGGCUACACGUCCCUCGGCGGCACGACCGACACGAGUCCGAAUCCUGCACUGAAGCGGGUUGCAGAAAGUACGACGGAUGGCAAGACGAAGCCGCAAGAGACGUUUCGGCCCGCGUACGAGCUCAUGGAUGACUACGAGGAGCGGCUCGGGCGUGAUAGGUAGCAAGGUGGAGGGAGCGUUUUUGAUUAUGAACGGCCGAUCAGGGGCCGCGUGCAACUUUGAAAUGUCUGCUGGGUUGGUCGGAGCUAGCUUGAAAACAACUGCUACCGCGCGGGAUAAUGUCUGUUAGACCGACCUACUCGAUCCUUGUUUACUGCCAAAGAAUAGACGAUAUAUGUGUAAAACAAAUAGAUGGUCUCCU